AUAAAACAUACCCGGCGUCUCGUUCUCAACGACGUGGCCGUCACGCUUUAACAACGGGGUCUGCUCAUUAGACAUGGUAGCAGCUGGCUUGACGUUCUUCCUAGCCAUUGGCUGUUCGGAGACCAGUUGAAGGUGAAGAUGGCUAAACCUAUAUGAUAUAUCUAGGUCUAAACGUAUUUGCUCGUUUGCCAAGGAAGGGAAAGCAAAGAAUAUGCAAUCAACGGCUGGCGUCUACUAUGUAAGUCUCUUUCUCUCAGGUGGGUUACAGUCACACCGUCGGAGGGCGGGGCAAGACUUCCGCUCAAUCCGAGCAAACGCCAGUAUGCGGCACGGAUGUGGGAUGGGAUGUGAUGUGAAGGGAUUGUAUUGUCUAAUACCUAAUACGGCACUUCGCACUUCGCAGGUAGCCGCAGAUUACGGGUUUAGCUUAUCUAAAAAAGCUUCUAAAUCCCGAAUCCCCGUUUCUAAAGUCGGUAAUCCGUAUCUCCUACCGUACCGUAGCAACGGCUUUUACGUUACGUACUUCUAUGUAGGUACCGGUGUAUCCGUACCUACAUCCAACCAGCCUGAAUACACUGUAUACCUAUAUGAUACAAACAUUAUCAUCACAUGCCACAUGCAAAAGACACAAAUACUUCCCAUCUUUCUUUUUCUCUUCUUCCUAAUCAACUUAACUCGUGGGGCCGACCUGCUCCGUCGCACCCCGUAUAUAUAUAUAUAAAUACCUAACUAGCUUUUACAAUAAGCGUGGGAAGAUACAUAGAAAAAAAGGUGGCAUAUGUAGACAGGUGAGUAUAUCAACAGACCAAAUAUAGACCAAUAUAGACCAAUAUAUCCCAUAGGCACGAGCUCCAACCAUAGAUAACCCAAAUGCCGCAUAUAAAACAACGCCAAAAGCGUUCUGAUCGCCUUGAACACCUGGAAGUCAUUGUCCCGCCGUCGCGUGGUUCUCACGACCACGCGACUCGUAAC